AAUGGUACCGGGAUUUACAAAUGAUGGCUAACUCAAAGUAUUCAUCAACGCGGGAAACCACCAACCUUGCUCGUGUAGCCCGCAUUAUAUUGGGUCCUUGUACUGAUGUUCUUUGUGAUGUUCUCAAGAAAGAGAUUCCCCCUUUAACUCUGUCCCAGAAAGUAAAGACAUAUUUAGCUAAUUUACCAAAACGAAAACCACCUCCAAUCACCAAAGAACAAGAAAGGAUUAUACACAAUGGAAACUACUCAGACUUUGAUAUAACUUUACUCUUUUUUCUUUUGCGAAAUAUAUCGAACAUUUCACCACAUGCAAAACAAUGGGGAAAUGAACCAAUCCUAAGUGACAGGAGUGUGUCAGCAAACAUUGAAAGAAUUCGAUUGAUAAGAAACAAGUACGGGCAUUGUACAGAUAUAUCAAUUUCCGACACCGAUUUUAAUAAGAAAGUUCUAGAAAUGUCCAGCAUUAUUCAGGAUUUGGAAAAGUACCUGGGCACAUCUACUGUUUAUCAAGACGCAGUUGUUGAGAUUGGAAAUUGCUGCAUGGACCCUGAACAGGAAUCAAAAUACAUCAAAGAACUGCUGGAUUUGAAUAAAGAGAUUAAGGAUAUCUCAGAGAAAACAACGCUAAUAGAAAAUAGAUGUGUUCCUAAGAAUGUGACAGUUUUGUAUAAAAGGGAUAGUUUAAGAUGGGAAGAAGAUGACAAGGUUUUUUUAGAAACCCACAACUUCCCAGUGAUGCUAAAUCAAGUCAGGAAUCAACCAUACAUAACGUUUGUUGGUGCCCCAGGCUCCGGAAAAACGGCAACGGCCCGUCAUAUUGCUCUAAAACUGCAAAAGGAAGGGUAUGAAAUUUGUCCAGUAAAAGAAAUUAACAAAAUUGAGGAUUAUUGUAACCGAGGCAUUCCCCAGGUAUUUGUUAUCGAUGAUGUGCUAGGAAUUUUUGGAUUAGACGAACAUGAACUUCAUAUGAUAAAUAAGUACAGCGAAAGACUUAGAGAUCCAAUCAAUCCAAAAACCAAAACACUAAUGACGUGUCGCGAAGCAGUCUUUAAACAUGAAAUGAUAUCGGAAUGUAUUUUGAUAAAACGGGAGAAUGUAGUUAAUUUACAAAGUCGAGACAAUUCAUUAAAUGAUGACGACAAACAGAAUUUGCUCCAAAUGUAUAAUUUAGACAGAGAUCUACUGAGCUCAAAAAACUUAGCGUCAUCGUCAAGAAUGUUUCCAUUUCUAUGCAAACUGUAUUCGAACAAAAAGGAGUUGAAAUUUUAUGGACCAACCUUUUUUUAUCACCAGUUCCUUGUAUCAUUAAGGAAAUGAAUUCACUGAAAAUACAUAACAAACACCAGUACGCCUCGUUAGUUUUAUUGAUGGUUAACGGAAACAGAUUGUCA